AUCAAUCGAUAGACUGCACCGCCAAAGAACCCAACUCUAAUUUUUAUGUAAUGUCACUUUGUUGUCGUUUGUUACAAGCAAGAAAAAAUCGUGCUAGAAACCAAACCAAAGAACCGAGAACACACCAAUUUGUGCGCUGUGAUGUGAUAGCCAAUCGCCAGGAACCAUGAACUGUCACCAGAUACUGAGCGGCGCCUGCAAUGCAGGCGACCGGUGCUUCGCCAUUGGCUCCGUGGAAGGCAUCCCAUUUACAGCCUACGCCGCCGGCUGCAAUGUGGUCAUCCUGGCAAGCACAUUCGAACGCGUCCAGAUCAUACCGGGCGCCAAUCAUGGAUACGUUAAAAUAUCCGCCCUGGACUGCAGCACCGAUACGGGCAAGAUAGCGGCAGCCUACGAGAACAAGAUAUGCAUUUUUGAGCCCACUCCGGUCAUAGAGUCCAGCAAGCACAAUACCCAUUUCCUUGACUACAGAUGGGUGCAAACUGGCUCUUUUACGAGCCAUUCAAGCGUAGUGACCUUGUCCUGGAAUCUGGAGGGCACACGCCUCCUGACCGGCGGCACCAACAUCCAGCUCUGGAAGAGCAAAUCGCCCACCCACCAGCCGGAGGAGGAGCACACGGGUGUCAAGUUCGAGAUCGGCGAGAGCAAGGAGCCAAACAAACCAAACAACGCCCAGGCCGAGGAUGUGUCCACGUGGGAGAACAUCUGGAGCUGCCAAACGGCCAUACCCAUAUACCACAUGGCAUUUAGUCCCGACGGCACGCUGUUCGCCACCUGCGGCCGCAACGAUCGGCUCGUCAAGAUCUGGUACGAGAACAAGCAGGUCCUAUUCCCGGCCAAGGGCACGGCCACAACGUCCGGGUCAUCCGGUGUCCGGCACGGUGGCGAUGACCUAACCGGCUCCGGCUCAGUGUCCGGCGGGGAGCUGAACUUUACGUACGUCUACAUCGCCCAUCCCCGGGCCGUGUCCAACAUCGUCUGGCGCAAGACGAGCAAGUACAUGCCCAAGGGAUCGGUGGCCAACAUGCUGGUCACCUCCUGCCUGGACAACAUCUGUCGGAUAUGGAUCGAGACGGUGCUGCCGGACGACGGGCUGGUGAACAUGACCCAGUUCGAUCCGCUGGCCUCCCAGAAUCCCAAGUUCCGGACGCAUCGCCACAAGCACCGGUUCAUGCAGCGGCUGAAGCACAUGAAGACCUGCUUCCACAUCCGCAGGCACAUGAAGGCGGGCGCCACAGCCGGUGGCGUGGCCGGCGGCGGAGUGGGUGGCGCGCCGGGAGCGGGCAUUGGCGGAGUGGGCGCGACUGGUGGCGGCGGAGGCGGAAUGAACAGCUCGCCGGCCAGUUAUAGCAAUUAUUUGGGACCGAUACCGUCACUACCCUCAUCGUGCAGCGUCCACGACUUUCAUUCGUAUGGAUUCCAGGGUUCCGGAGUCACACCCGGCAUGCACUUUCAUCUGGCGGCGUCCAUCAACGCGGAGACGGACAUACCGCUGGUGCCGUCGAUGCAGACCAGCGAUCCGGCCAGCCAGAACGUCUUCAUCCUGCACUGGCUGAACAACAAGGAGAUGCACUUCACCCUGCAGGCGGAGGCCAUACUCCAGGAGCUGACCAAGAAGGUGAUCGACGAGGAGAACGGACACGACCUGCCGGACGAUGCCCACGGCUCCCAUGGCUCCAAUUCGCACUCGCAGACGCAGGCCCAUCGCAAGUAUCUGCGCUCCUCCAAGUCCGUAUCGGUGGACGACAGCGGCGAGGAGUACAGCCGCUAUUCGCAGCACACCGCGGGCGGGGGCGCCGGGACGGGAGUGGGAGCUGGCCUCCAUCUGAACUCCAUGUCCAAUACGACGUCACAGAAUUCGCUGAACAACGAGCCGGCGCAUCCGAUCACCCAGCUGGUGGACUCGCUGGACAACAAGAUCGAGUGCCUGCUCCGCGACUGGCACCAGAGUCCGGACCUCCUGUUCGCCAUCCAUCCGGUGGACGGUAGCUAUCUGAUCUGGGUGAUCGAGUGGCUGGACGACUACUAUCCGGGCUCGUUCCGGCAAGCGCAGGUCUCCUUCUCGACCAGGAUACCGUCGGCCUUCCCCUUGGGCGAUGCCAUGUCCAUGUCCACCACGGUCAGUCUGUUCAAUACUGGGACCCAUCCGCUGGCGUUCCGCGACAUUGCCAACAAUGUGCGCAGCAAGGACGAGUUCCACAAGGGCCAGGCGGACGACUCGUCGCUGAAGAGCGACCAGCACUCUGGGCAGACGUUCGAGCGGCACGACGAGGAGCAGGAGGAUGCCGAGGAUCAGGACGGGGGCGAGGACAGGGAGGGUGAUGCCGAUCAGGAUGAGGCGGGCGGCGGCGGCGGUACUGGAGAUCGUAGUGCCGCCGCCAGUGGAGCUGGAGCGGAGCACAGCAGCAGUUCGCAGGACUCGGGAGCCGGUGGAGCCAGCAACCUGCCGCUGAACGUCUCCCCGUCCGUGUCCAUGGUGACGAAGCACUCCAACGGCACCCUCAACCUCUGGCAGCUGACGUUCGCCUUCAAGACGAAGUUCACCCAAGUAUUAAGCAUCGGCCAUGUGAGCCGAGCCUCCGGCCAUCGGUUCCGGGUGAACGACAUCACCUGCCAUCCGGUGCUGCCGCUCCUGGUGUCCACCUCGCAUCACAAUCUGCCCGACUCGGAGGCCAAGUCGCCCAUGUCGCCCUUCGAACAGCCCCUCUCCUCGAACGGUUUGGGCGGAGGUGGUGGCUCCGGCGGCGGCGGUGGUGGCGGAGGAUCAGGUGGUGGAGGAUCCACCGGCGACAAGGACGUCUUCACGCCCACGGGCUUCUGUUCGGAGCUGAUAUUGUGGCGUGUGGACUCCGUUGGGCCGCUCUGCCAUUCCGGAGGAGUUAGCGAGCUGGCGCGGAUCAACUCGCCGGAGAUCUCGGCGUUCAGCAACGUGGCCUGGAUACCCACCCUCCUGCCCAGCACCACCCUGGGCAGCUACAGCAACUCGCCGUCCGCCUGCUUCGUGGCCAGCGACGGUGAGAAUCUGCGGGUCUACCAGGCGGUCAUCGAUGCCCGGACCCUGCUGGCGGAGAUCUCAUGCUCGGAGAACCUGAACACGCUGCACAAGUCGCACUCCCUCUCCUCGAUGAUCUCCAACGCCUCCUCGACGAUGCGGGCCCAGCGCUCCGCCCUCCACGACAAGCUCAAGGUCGUCUCCCAGCAGUCGACGGCUCGGCCCGGCUGCAUCCUCCAGCUGGACGCCAUCUCGGACGCCAAGCACGACUGGCAGAACACCCAGUUCCUGCACGUGUUCCAGGCCCAGCUGAUUACCGGCGGCCAGCGCACUCCGCUCUCCGAUCCCCACGACCUGGAGGAGCCGCGCCUGAAUGCCCUGCUCGAGUCGGACAUGGACGCCAUUGUGGAUCUGCAGCGGAAUGCUGACUUCGAGGAGCCCUUCUACAUCGUGAAUAUCGAGAAGACGCUCCGCGGCAGCACCAUCCACAUGUGGCGGAUCGUCAUUAGCUCCAAGCAGCAGAACUCCUUCCUCUCGGAGACGGCCAUGUAUGUCCCGGAUAGCAACCUAACCCAGGAGCCGGACGAGGAGAACGGCGGCGGAGGAGGAGGCGGUCCCAAUCCCGGUGGCAAUCCCAAUCCUCGUCGCAUGUCCCAGGGCGCCGAGACCCUAACGGGAGCCGAGCACUUCGGCGACCAUGUCGAGGCACCGCACAUUUCCAUCACCACCAAGAAGGUGUGCACCCAGGAGCUGCCCCUGCCCGAGGGCGUGGACGUGAUCCAUGCCUCCCCGGCUGCCGGCCACCUGAGCAGCUCCAGCAUCUAUCCGGCCUGCUUCGCGCCGUACAUCAUAGUGACCGCCUGCUCGGACUCCAUAUCGCGAUUCUGGAAGUGCGAACCGAUCCUCGACUCCGACCUGGACGGGGAUGGCGACGAGGUGGACGCCUAUCACUGGAGCGAGUGGAAGAUGUUCAGCCGCAUCCAGCAGUCGGCGAUCGAGAUUCCCGGCCAGCCGCUGAACAUCAGCGCCGCCUACUCCGGCCGGAUCGCGUGCGCCUACAAGUACGGCAAGAGCUUCACGCGUCCGAACAAGGGCCCGGAUCCGGACUCCCGCUACGUCAACCUCUGUGUGGCCAUCUACGAGUGCGAGAGCUCCGGCGGCAGCGAGUGGGUCCUCGAGGACACCAUCCACCUGAAGAACGUCCACCUGCCGCGCAUCAACAUCGGCCACGGCAUCGAUCUGAGCUACCUGCACGACAGCCGGCUGCUCGCCAAGAAGCAGCGCCUCAACCAGGUGCUCCACACCUUCGCCCACGACCCGGAGAGCCGGUCGCCGCGCAGCGGAGAGACCACCCCGGAGCUGGCCGUCAACCGGCAGCCCUCGGCCGCCGCCUCCGGCCUCCUGACCGUGCCCAGCUUCAGUACGCUGCAGUCGCUCCGGAAGAGCAUAGCCGAGAACGGCAACACCUGCCCCCUGACCCAGAAGCAUCUCGUGCAACUGGACUGGGUCAGCAAGGAGGAUGGCUCCCACAUCCUUACGGUGGCUGUGGGGAGCAAGAUCCUGCUCUACACGCCGGUCAGCUCGGACAUCGCCCAGGCGAACAUCAAGGCGAUGAAGGAGUCGCGCUCGGUGAACCGGCCGAUCCUGAGGAAGGCCAGCUCCCUGGCCCAGCCGAACUUCGUCGACGAGAUCCGGUGGAUGAAGCUGCGCCAGAUCGAUCUCCAGACCGCCGACGGCCUGCCGCCGCUGCCCAUGCAGAUAUCGUGGGUGAGGGACGGCAUCCUGGUGGUGGCCAUGGACUCGGAGAUGCACGUCUAUUCGCAGUGGAAGCCGCACUACUCCUCGCACUUUGCCGCCGCCGCUGCGGCCGCUGCUGGCGAGGAUGUGCCGGACACGAGGAAUCUGCGGGACGAGGAUCUGCGCUCCCUCGCCAACGAGUCCACCCAGCUGCGCCUGAAGAAUGUGGCCUCCAUGCCGCUGAUCAGCAAGGUGAGCACCGCCAAUCUCCAGCUGCUGUCCCACGACAAGAAGCGCCGGCUGGGCAACACCAGCAUGGCCAACAUGAACGGUGGCGGCGGCGCAGGUGGGGGAGCGGGUGGUGGCGGCCCCGGUGGACCCUACUAUGUGGGCGCCGGCCAGGACGAUGGCGGCAACGAUGACUACAUGACGGACUUUGGCCUGUUCCAGGCCUCGCGCAUCGCCUGCCCCGUCCUGCCCCAGUACCAUCCCAAGCAGCUGAUGGAGCUGCUCAACUGCGGCAAGAUCCGGUGGGUGAAGGCCAUCCUGGCGCAUCUGGUGCGCUGCAUGAGCGGCACCAACUCCAGCACCGCCGGCCAGGACGAGGACGGCUAUGCCCGGCAGCGCAGCUGGUCCCGUUCCCGCACCCUGAGCAUCAGCUACACGGCGGAGACGAACAUCCAGGCCGAGCACCGCGGCAGCACCACCCAAAUACCCGAGGAACUGAUGCUGGACUAUGCGGAGAUCAACUCCAUACCACCACUCCCGCUCUGGGUGCUCCUCAACGCCGACAGGGAGACACCGGGACAGGGCACUGCUGGCGCCGAGGGCGACAAGGACUACGACGAGCUGUUCGACAUGCACAACUCGGAGGACAAUCUGGACGAGCUGCUGUGCGACGGCGAGGAGAAGAAGCGGCAGGAGCGCCGGCUGUCCUUACCGGAGAAGCAGUCCAUCUCGCACUUUGGCCCACGGCAGGGCCAGCUGCUGUCCCGCCUGCUGACCCACACCCACUUGCCGGGACUGUCGUCCCUGGACCAGAUGCAUCUGCUGGCCCUGGCCGAUACGGUGGCCACCUGCAACACGGACUUCUCCGACAAGUUCGCCGUCGAUCAGGGCAAGUCGGCGGGCGGAGCUGGUGCGGGUGCCGGCGGGGCAGGAUCUGGUGGCGGCAAGGACGGCAGCACCAGCACCGAUUCUCUCGAUGAUUGCGGCCUGAGGUUCCUGCUCGCCAUGAAGCACUUCACCUACCUGCUGCGCUGCCUGCCGCUCCAGCAGCGGGCCCAGUUCCAGCGCCAGGGCGUCGGCACCUCCAACAUCGUCUGGGCCUACCACUCGGAGAGCGAGGAGGAGCUCCUGAACCUGAUCCCCAGCUACACCAAGGGCGACCUGCGCUGGGCGACGCUGCGGGAUCUGGGCGUGGGCUACUGGCUGAAGAACAUCAACACGCUGCGGAGGUGCGUGGAGAAGCUGGCCAAGUGCGCCUACCAACUGAAACAGGAUCCGCUGGACGCGGCCAUCUACUAUCUGGCGAUGAAGAAGAAGUCGCUGGUGUGGGGCCUGUUCCGGUCGAGGCGGGACGAGAAGAUGACCGCCUUCUUUGGCAACAACUUUGCGGAGGAUCGGUGGCGGAAGGCGGCGCUGAAGAACGCCUUCGUCCUGCUCGGCAAGCAGAGAUUCGAGCACGCGGUCGCCUUCUUCCUGCUGGCCAACAGCCUCAACGACGCCAUCGAGGUGUGCAUGAACAAGCUGGAGGACUUCCAGCUGGCCCUCAUCAUCGCCCGGUUGUACGAGGGCGAUGCCGAGGGCUGUUACUACCACAAGCUCCUGCACGAGCACAUCCUCGGCACUGAGGCGGAGACGGGUCGCUGUGACCUCACACGCGCCCAUCCGGAUCCGUUCCUGCGCUCGAUGACCUACUGGACGAUCAAGAAGCACCAGGAGAGCCUCAACACCCUCCUCCUGAACGGCGUCGGCAGCCUGCACAGCAGCUACCGGGAGGAGGAUCUGCUGCGUCCCGAGCCGCAGGCCACCAAUCCGAAUGUCUUCAACUUCUACAUCUACCUGCGCACCCACCCGCUCCUCAUCCGCCAGAACAUAGCGCUGUCGGCGCAGGAGAAGCGCAUCGCCCACGUCGUCCUCUCGGGCUUCAAUUAUGCGGGGGAUGUGGCCGGGCCGUCGGCCUGCGACAAGCAGCUCCAGCUGGAGGACACCAUCACGCCCAUCGAACGGCAGUUGUACUUCACCACGGCCCACGGCCACUUCAAGAGCGGCUGUCCCGCCCUGGCCCUGGAGGUCCUCAAUAAGCUGCCGAUGAAGAUUAGCGACGAUUCCGGCGGCAGUGUGGCCGGCAGCCAGGCGCCCGACUGCGGCCAGCAGAACAAGGAGGAUCUGAUCAACACGGGCAUUAUGGACCAGUGGGGCAGCUCCGCGGGAGCGUCGGCCGGCGCCUCCACCGCGGAUGCCUUCGAUUGGGGUGCUCCAGUGGCGAGCAGCGAGCCGGAGGCCAAGUUUGAGAUCAAAUGGGACGACGACGACGAGGAUGAGGCCGAGGAGGGAGACGACGCCGAGCCGGAUGAUCCGGAACUGGCCACGCCGCAGCCCCAGGCCGCGGUCCUGGCCCGCACCAAGUCCUCGGCCGGAGGCAACGACACCAAAAUGGACAUCAUGGCCCAGCAGCUGAAGUUCGUGGCCUGCCUGAAGAUCCUCAUGGAGGAGCUCUCCACCCUGGCCACCGGCUUCGAGGUGGAUGGCGGCCAGCUCCGCUACCAGCUGUACAUGUGGCUGGAGCGGGAGGUGGAGGCGCUGAAGCAGCUCUGCAACUACUGCAGCCAGGCGGAGCAGUCGGGCAACGAGUCCGGGGAUCCGGAUGCCGACAAUCGGGACAAGGAGAUGAACGCCAGCAUCUGUCCCAGCACCGAGCGGCCGACCCUGCACGAGAUCCUCAUGCAGGACAAGCAGGACUUUGAGGCCAAGGUGAUGCGGGCGGCCAAGCGCAAGCGCUGGCUCAAAGCCAACGAAACCCUUUUGCGAACUUUGCUGAGCUAUUGUUCGCUGCACGGCGCCAGUGGCGGGGGACUGGCCUCGGUGCGCAUGGAACUGGUGCUGCUGCUCCAGGAGCUGCAGCAGGAGAAGACCCAACAGCAGCUGCUCAGCCCGCUGCCCUUCCCCACCACCCUGCCGCUGUUGAGCGCCUGUGUGGCCGGCAACAAGACCGUGAUUGCGGAUCCCAUCAAGUACCUACAGUCCCAGACGGUCGACAUGCUGCAGAGCAUCAUCAAGGUGCUGCCGUUCCCGGGCAUCGAGCCGAGCGCCCUCAGCGAGAUCUUUGUGCUCCGGGACCUGGCGGUGGCCCUGUCCUCCUGCAUCUACCAGUCGCUCUGCGAUUCCGAGAGCUUCGUGGUGAACAACUCGGCCUUCAACGGCUAUCCCAGUCCCGGCAUCGAGAACAUAGCCAAGAUCAACUCCUCGUUCGAGUGCAGCUAUCUGGUGGGCAGCCGGAAUGCCUACGGCCGUAGGCGCAAGUAUUCCACGGAUGAGCCGGCCGGCGUAUGCACCACACCCUCCAAGUGGCCGGGCGUCACCAAUCUGCGGGCUCUGCUGGCCCGCGAGAAGGACGAGGAUGUGCCCAAGCUGAAUGUCCUGCUCCUGGAGUCGUUCGUCUCCACGUACAUGGCCUUGUUCAUCUACUCCCUGUCCACCUGCGACAGCCGGCUGUUGUACCGCCUCAGUGGCCAGAGCUUCACCAACGAGACCUGGUCCACGCUCUUCGGCGGCGGCAUGAAGAAGCUCCUGAUCAAGCCGGCUGCCGCCCAGCCCUCCGGCAACCAACAGCCAGCAGGCGCAGGAUCCGUGGUAGCCGGUCAUGGGAAUACUGGCUCCACCUCCGAGGAGCCGGCCGACGAGAACAGCGUCUGGAACACCGUCACCUCCAUCACGAAGCAGCGCAUGAAGCUCAACAUGAAGAUCCUGGGAAGCUUCAGCCAGAACAGCACCUCCAGCAACAUGAAGGAGGACAAGCCCACAUACCGGGAGCAGUUUAUGCCGCCAGAGACCUCAAUGCUCUCCUACUUCCUCAGCAAGCCGCCAGCAACAGAAUGCGACGACUACGAUACUGACGACUCGCACGAGUCAGAAAACGAGGAGGAGGAGGAGGACGACGACGACGUGAACGUAAGCCGGUCGCAACUGAAGGCCAAGGACAAUACGGAGCACACGAAUCCCACAUCCUACUCGUGGAGCAUACUGCGCCUGGCCCUCAUCAAGAUCAGCACGCACAAGAUCCAGGAACUGGUCAAGGUGGCCGGCAUCGAACUGCAGGGUAAUUUGCCGGUGAUCAGUCCAUUGUCGCACGAGGUGCUGAGAACCCUCAACCGCUGGCAGGACUUUGCCCUGAGCGAUUUGAUUGGACGUGGUCCGCCGUCCCGAAGCUACAUCCCCGGCUGCUAUGCGGAGAGUGGCAUCAAUGGCCUGGGCAUCCACAAGUACCGAUCCCUCCUGAACAAGGAUAAUACGCCGUUUGUUUCGGGAUCGGCGGCGGGUCCGAUUCGUCGAUUGUGGAACUAUCUGGUGCGCCAGGAGCCCGCCCAGGAGGUGUUCAUCAAGAGCAUCUUUGGCAAGAAUAUGGAGCCGAGCACGCGAAGCUCUCAUCACACCCAGCACGACAACGAGACGGACGAAGGACAAUCGCAUUCGACCAAUGAGAACACCGAUCAAAUCCGAAUCAUUCACAAGGAUCACGAGUCGAUUUUAUCCUUCUGCUUGAAGAACAACACCUCCUCGAUGAUCGCCUUCGCCAAUCCGCGCGAGAUUCAGGAGUUUGACAUUUCGUUGCUGCUCGAAUCGCCCAACUGGUACGAGGAUGAAUGCGAUUACGACAUGAUGAACCUGUCCAAGGACGCGGACACCAACAGCUCCUCAUUCCUCAUCAUCCAAAAGGAGGAUCAGAACCAGUUUGGAGGUAGUAGCAAUGCCUACACCGAGUCCAGUGCCAGCACCCAGAGUGCUUCGCAAUCGGGUCGCGGAACAUCCAUGGUUCUGCGCCACAAGGUGGACAAUGUGAAGCGCAUGAGCGCCCAUCCCCUGAUGCCGCUCUACUUGACGGGCGGCCAGGAUGGAUCCGUGCAGAUCUGGGAGUGGGGCCACCAGCAGCCAGUCUGCUCGCCCCGUACAUCCGGCACUUAUGCCAAGGUGACGCGGUGUCGCUUCUCGGAGCAGGGCAACAAGUUCGGUAUCGGUGAUGGCGACGGCAAGCUAAGUCUCUGGCAGGCGGGGAUCGCUUCGCAGAACAAUCGUUCGUUCAUAAGUUACCAGUGCCACAACAAGUCCUUGUCGGACUUUGUAUUCCUCGGCUCUUGCAGUCUCCUGGCUAGUGCUGGGCAAAGUUCCGAGAACAAGAACAUCAAUAUCUGGGACACCCUGCUGCCCAAUAAAAAGUCCUGUGUGUCAGCAUUCACCUGCCACGAUCAGGGCUCAUCCUGUUUGGUAUUUGCUCCCCAACAUCAGGUCCUCAUCUCCUGCGGUAAACGCGGCGAUAUAUGUGUCUUUGAUGUGAGGCAACGAACGCUCCGUCAUCGUUAUCAGGCCCAUGAUAGCACCAUUAAAUGCAUAGCUUUGGAUCCGCACGAGGAGUUCUUUGUCACUGGCUCCAUUGAGGGUGACAUUAAGAUUUGGGAUAUGAACCAAUUCGUGCUGAUCAAUACGUUCCCCCAUGAGCACGCCAAGAACGGUUUCUUUAAGCACACCGGCCAGGGUGUUAGCCAGGUGUAUGUGGAUCCGUUCGGACGGCUCUUCUCCUGCGGCUCCGAUGGCUGUAUGAAGGUCCGCCUGCUGGUCGAGAAGGACAACAUUGUCCAUUCAGUGUAUUGAAGUGCUGCUGCUGAUGUGUAUUCCGGGUCAGUGUCUGUUAACCGUAGCCGUAGCGGUAGCGGUAGCCAUAAGCCGUUCUCCGUAAACCUGCAACCUGAAAACUGUAUCCUGUAACCUGUAACCUGUUACCGUAGCCAUGUCCACGUGUCUGUUGCUCCUUGUCUGUCCCCAUGUCUGUGUAUGUAUGUGCGUGUAUGUGUGUUGGCUCGGUGGGGCGCUGCCCGGAGUGUCCUAGAAAAACGCGAUAAAAAAUACGUGUAUUCUUUGUUAAUCGUUGAAUUAUUGUAACAUUAUAAUUGUAUUUGAACUUUUCCUACCCCAUGCAUAUAUAUAAUAUGUUAUUAUUAUUAUUACUUGCAUAUAUAUAUAUAUGUAUGUGUAUUUGUUUAUUCUCCUUCCCAUUUCUGUGAAUUUUUUUUUUUUUAUUAAUUAUUAUUCAAUGCUAUUUAAUGUUUUUUCCAAGUCGAAACAUUGAAGACUCUCGAGACUUCGUUUCACGUUCUAUGAGUAUUUCCUAAACAGACUAUAUAUAUAUAUAUAUUAUACA